GUGACGGCGGAAGCGGCCGUUGGAGCCCGGCGGAGCGGGGCCGCGCCGGGCCCGUCUCGUCUCUCCUCAAGCCGGGGCGCGGCGGGGCGCGGCCGCUCCGUUGCUUCUCGACUGCCUCCCGUCUAUUCCUCGACGGAGCUUCCAGCCCCAAACACGCCAUGAGCUGCCGGCAGCCGCUGCCGAGCGAGCGGGGAGCGAGACAGAGGAAGAGGAGACGGAAUGGCAACGAGGACGAUGCUCACGUUCCCCAGACAAAGCGUAACACCAGGAACACCGUCCUUCAGGACACUUGGGACACUGAGAAGAUGCCUGUAACGAAAAACAGUAAGGAGCACAGACUAAAAGGAAAGAAAGUGUCCUGUGCGUCCUCCAGCAGCGAUAGCGGCAGCAGCAGCAGCAGCUGUAGCAGCAGCAGCAGCAUCAACAGCCCUGACAGAGCGUGUGGUGCAGAAAUCAGCCUCAACCCACGAGUGGCAGGCUCCAGCCCUGCCUCCUCUCAGUCCUUCCACGAGCAGUCUGCGCUCAGCCAAGGGCCUUACUUCCACAUCAACCAGAUUCUGAAGGAGGCACAUUUCCACAGCUUACAGAGCCGGGGCCGCCUCCCAACAUGAUGCACCAGCAGUUCCCUGCCUUCUGUGAAGGGACAGCACUGUGUAGAUUUGUUAUUUCAACUUCAAAGUUUGUUAAGAUGGAAUUGCACAAAAACGCCUGUUGCCUUUUCAGUCUAUAUUUGAAAUACCAGGUUAACAGGGAAUUGUUUACUCGUGGUUUUGCUGCACUAUUGCAAUGCAAAAGGGGCUUUGAAGCAAUUUUUAUAGGAUUCUUUUUGGGGUGGUUAUCUAAGGACGUGGCAAGAGGAGACAGGAACCCACAGCUGUGUUAUAGGAUUGCAAAAUGUCCAAUUCCAAUCGACUGCCUAAUCUGUUUGUUAGCAAUCUGUUGCUUUAUGUAAAGUUCUCUCCAAUGUUCAUCUUCAGUUUUAUAAAGUCUUUUUUAAUUUCAAUAAACUAGUAA